AUGGUCAAGGACCGAUUACCCGAGCUUGAAGCUCGAAUAAAGGGAAAAAAUGAUAAACAAAUUAAAAAGGAUGAGAACUGUAGCUUAUCUCAGUUCAAUGCUAAACUUUUCAAUCAAGUAAAUGAACUGCACACUGAUAUUGAACUUUUGGAGAAUGAUGUCAAUACAAUCGACAAACUUCAGAAGGAUAUACUAGCCACUCCGCAAAGAGAUUCAGAAUUGGACAAUCAGCUUAAUGCAGUUACUAAUUCCAUUAGAGACAGAGCACAUAAAAUCAGAAGUUCUUUAAAAGAAUUAGAACUAGAGGAGGAUGACAAACUUUUGUCAGGAACGACUGGUAAAUGUCGGCUAAAGUGCUCUCAGCAUGCUGCUAUUUCUCGACAGUUUGUUCACAUUAUGAACAGAUAUAGUCAAAUCCAAGUCGACUAUCGAGACAAGUGUAAGGCUCGAAUUCGAACUAAGCUCAAUGUUGCUAAUGUGACAUUUUCUGAGGAUGAGGUUGAAAAAAUGUUAGAGAAAAAUCAUCCUGGGAUUUUCACGCAGGCAAUUAUGGCAGAAACAGAAGCUGCAAAGCGAUCAUUAUCAGAUAUAGAAGCUCGACAUGCAGAUAUUAUUCGUUUAGAAAAAAGUAUUCAAGAGAUGAGGGAGUUAUUUUUCAAUGUGGCGCUUCUCGUUGAACAGCAGGGUGAUUUAAUCGAUCAGGUGGAAUACAAUUUGAGUAAAGCUACUGAUUGUGUUGUAAGUUCCAAGAGAACACUUUCUGCAGCUGUCAUUAGAAGUAAAAAGAAUCGUCGGUGCAAGAUAAUCUGUAUUAUAUUGGCUGUGGUGGCGAGUAUAUUGAUUCUAAUCUCGUUAGCUUCAGCAAUCGGUUUAACACGGUGA